CUCCUGAUUGUUCUCGAUUCUCAGGACUUGACGUUGUGUUGGCAGUCCCUACUCUUUGCUGCCACUUCGAUUGGUCAUCACUGCGAUGUCGAAGAGAAUAAAGAGGACGACGACAGUGAUGAUGGUGAUUAUCCACCAGUUGGCUUGGACCUAGGUGAUUUAGAUGACGGCAAACAGAGGGCAAAUGAUCAGGCUAAUCACCUGAUUCGCAUUAACUGGCAAUGUUUCCUUUCUCUUGUCGCUGUGGCGGUUGUAUGUUCUAAGGGCGCAGUGCCUUUAAUUAAAGCUUCCUUUUACUUUACAUCCAUACUUUUGUCUUUGCUACUCAUUUGCUUCUAA